UCAAAAUACUUUUAUGGAAACUACAGGAAACACCGAGGAAUAACUUCACCGCGAGCGCGGUAAGAGGCGGCUCUCGCCCGGAAAUCUCGCGAGACCUAGGAGAGGAGGGCGCCGGCGAGGAGGGAGAUCCAAGCGCGAACGUGGGGUCAACGAGAGAGCGGCGGCCGGCUGGCCGGCAGGUGAACCAAGUCCCAGGGUAUCCAGUUUAGGGUGACCGCACGACCCCAUCAGGCAGGGCGUUAGUGAGGUGUGCAAUCUUCUGUGGAACUCCAGAGCGUCCCGGCCCUCCGCUCCAACCGGCACCGGAGCUCCGGCGCAGCGGCAGACUCUUCUCCCCAGCCCUAGGCUGUCGGCAUUCUGCAGCGGUAGCUGAGCCUGCUCCUUUGCCCUAUAGAAAGGAGUUACUGAACUAGCCCCUUUACUCUCUGCAAGGAGCCAGUGAACCACAUUCCUCUUCAAACGUCAGUAGAAGGGCAAAGUUAGAAUGGAUGAUCCAGGAGAGAAUACCACUGUUGUCUCCACCUUACGUUCCUUCAACAACUUCUUGUCACUAAGUUCAGCACCUGUGCACAGCACAGAUGAACCAAGCUCAACUUCACGUCUUUUGCUACUGCAAUACCAGCAGAGGCUUGAGGUUGAAGAACAGGCUGAAUAUAUUCUUUCCCACUCUCGCACUCUAGAGGCGGAACGAGAAAAACAGAAAAUGGAAGUUAGUCAUAAACGAGCUAGGAUUGAGCUGGAGAAGGCAGCACAGUCCAGCUCCUGGAACCAUGAGCGAGAGGCUGAUCGAAACCAGGAGCUAGUUACCCAAUUGAAACAACUUCAGGAAAAGGAAGCAGAGGCUGAGGUAAAAUUGAAGGGUCAGAUUAAAGUGACUAAUUCAUUGAAAGAGGAUCUUGUGCUCCAGGAUAAGAAGCUGCAAGAAAGAGAAGAAAAACUUGCUGAAGCCAAUCAGACAAUCGAAGUCUUGAAGGCCAAGAUAUCAGAGCAACAACGGAAACAAAUGGCACAGGAGAUGCAGCUAGCAACAUUGACAACAGAGCGUCAAGAGCUGCUUGAGCAACUAGAAGUACAGCGCAAGAAAUGGCAAGAGGCUGUACAGCAAAUUCAGGCAUUAGAGGCAGCUCAAGUGGCCAGUGCAGAGAAUGAACGGAGAUUGAAGGAAUUAGAGAAUACAAUAAUCCAACAAGAACAGGAUUCUGUAAUAGUGAAGAAUAUGCGGUCAGAUCUGGCUCGUAUCCCCGAGCUGGAGAAAGAACUCCGACAGCUGAAGGAGAAAAAUGACUAUUACAGGGAAAUGGAAGAUAACAAUGCACUUCUUAAAGAAGAAAUGGAAAGCCUUUGUAAAAAACUUGAACGUCUUGAGAAGUUAAGGGAAGAGAAUGUUACUUUGGAGUUAGAGAAAGAGAAAUUAUUGUCAAAAUUGCAAAGUUGGGAAAAUGUGGAACAAACCUCAGGAUUAAAUAUCCGGAGUCCUGAAGAUCUAUCACGGGAGAUAAUUCUUUUGCAGCAACGUGAACUUGUACUCAAGCAACAGAACUCUUCUGUCAGCAGCAGUGCUCGAAUGUUGGAAAAAACUCUGCGGCAGCUUCAGGAUGAUGUUUUGAAUUUGCAGACCCAGCUUUUGUCUGAACAGAAGAAGCGUGAGCAACAGGAAGCAAAUGCUCGACGCAUGGAGAAACGCAAUAUCCUGCUUAUGAAGGCUCGUGAUGGGAUGAAAUGCAUCUUGGAUUCCUAUGACAAUGAGUUGGUUACCAAUUACUCACCACAGCUGAACCGGAGGGUUCAUGAAGCAGAGAACAUGACCCAAAAUCUGCAGGCACAUAUUUCAGAACUGGAGAAUCAGCUAUUGCAGGCCCUGGAGGAUGUUGGCAGUCACAAGUUAAAAGCACAAACACUUGAAGCAGAAUUGAGUGUUCUUCAAAGCCAGCUUGCUAUUAUUGACAAGAACAUCACGAAUGAUGAGGGGAAUACUCUGAGGCAGAAGAUUGAAGAGCUGGAGGCUGAGAGAGGGCGCCUUGAUGAAGCCAACAAGAUCUUGGAAAUGAAACUGGAACGGUGCACUCUACAGGGUGACUACGAUCCCAGCAAAACAAAGGUGCUUCACUUGAGUAUGAAUCCUAUGAGUUUGGCAAAAGAGCACCGUAUAACAGAGCUAAAGAGUCUGAAGGAAGAAUGUGAGCAACUCAGAGAAAGAGUGCGAAUCCUGGAGGGAGGUGCAACCCCCGAACAAAUGGGGUCACUCAGCAAUCUGCUGCCAUCUCAGGAAAUUGCAGAGAUGCGCAAGCAAGUGAACAGUGCAGAGUUGAAGAACCAACGAUUGAGGGAGGUGUUCCAGAAGAAGAUUCAGGAAUUCCGAGCUGUUUGCUACUCCCUGAUGGGUUACAAGAUCGAUGUCACUACAGAGAACCAAUACAAGCUGUCGUCGAUAUAUGCAGAACACCAGGAUGACUGUCUGAUGUUCAAGGCUGCCAAUAGUCUUGGAGCAAAGAUGCAACUGUUGGAGACGGACUUCUCCCGCUCACUCACCGACCUGAUCAACCUUCACCUGCACCAUCAGAACAGCAUCCCAGCAUUCCUCAGUGCCAUCACCCUUGACCUCUUCAGUCGCCAGACCUGUGCGUAGUGGAGGAGGAAAUCUGUGUCACUGAAGAAACCGUUCUAUGUAUUUUGUUAUACUGCAAGAAAGCUUAUUUUAGAAGUGAUAAUUAGAGACUAGUUCAACAUUUAGUAGAUCUGUGAUGGGAUGUUUGCUUAAUAUGUUUUCCAAACAUUUAUUUCUGCUUUAGUUGUGGAUUUAAUUAAUUUCUUUGCCUUCGUUCAUCUCCUGGCAGCUGGAAAGGAGAGUGAACAGAGCAUGAACUUGGCAGCUGCCAUUAUCAGUGCUGCCUUCAGGAGUCUCCUUCUCCUGCAGGGAGCCAGACAAAUGCUGACUAUUCAGGUGGAGGGACUUUGGGGUGAAGGACAUGAUUAAGAAAUGAUGAAACUGUUCUCGCCAGUUGACAUAAAAUACAAGUGGAAUUAAGCUAACCUGCUGCCUUUGGCAAAAAUCCCGGUGCAAAUCCAAGCAUCCUGUUAUUGAUAUAAAUUCUUACCCACAAAACAUCCAUCAGGAUUUACUUGCUGCACUCCCUCUUACUUCUACUGAUAGUUCUGUAGUGUAUGAUGGGUUAAAGAUAUCCAGUCACAGCAGCCGAUAGCUCAGAAUUACGUACAGAGGCUGAGCAUAAUGCAGGAAAUGUAGAUAGGUCAGUCCUGUGCAGAGACAAGUGCGAUUCCCUCUCUCUGUACUUCUAUCUGUAUUUCUCACACUGCAGGUGUCUCUUUCUGAUUCACUCGUUCUCUACCUCUCCGUAGCGCACACUCUAUUUUCCCUCUCUCUCUUCUCCUCUCAUUCCCAUCUCUCCCUCUCUGCCAAUUUCCCUUCUUUCUCCCUCUUUCUCUUUCCUUCUCUCUCCCCCCUCUCUCCCACUCCUCCCCUCAAUCCCUCCCAGUCUCUUCUUCUUCUCUCUCCCUUCCCCUCUCUCCCCUCCUCCUCCUUCCCCUCUUCCUCCUCCCUCCCCUAUCUCUCCCCUCCUCCCUCCCCCUUCCUCCUCCUUCAUCCUCCCCCCCCACUCUCUCCCCUCCUCCUUCCUCUCCCUCUCCUUCCCCACCCCCCUCCCUCAUCUUUGUCAGUCUCCAUGUGGACAGGUGAUCUAUAAUGUGGAACUGCUCCCAGGAAGAUACAAACCACCGUUCUUGGAGUGACAACACGCAGAGAAUAUUGAAAUCAAAGUUAGGAAUUUACAAAAGCUAUGACACCGGUUGAUCAUAAUUAGCAAAAGCUUCUUGUUACACUGUGCAUAUUUCAGCUAAAGAGAGACUUCAUGUUUGGGCUGGAGGGAGGGGAGGGGAAAAUAGAGUGGAGCCGGGAGAGAUGAGUGGACAAGGGAAAGAGGGAGGGACAUUAGUAUCAGUGCUUUUUUUCUUUGUACUGCAAUGAUUUAGAAUCUAGAUUAUGCAUCAGGUCUCAGUGACUUUAUUAACUGCUGAUGUUUAGUUUUAGGCAACAAUGUGCUAAAGGUUUUUUUUAAUAGUUUUCUCCUCCAGCUAUAUGAAUGUCAGCAACCACACGGGGAUAAAGAAACACUCUUAGCAUCCUGUUCAGCAACUGGUCUUGUGUCAUUUCAUUAUGUUUUUGAACAAUGAUCAAGUGAAAUCUUUCCCCUCAUUUCUUACUGAUUCAAGGGUUCUUAUUGUCUUGUCUGCAAUAGGCAAACUAAGUGACCAGAGGAUUGAUUAAAGGGAGUAAUAUUAUGCAUAAGUUUGUAACUCAUUGUAUGUCUGCUUUGUACAAGAACUGAAUGAAUCUGUCUGUACGAUGAAGACCACACAUUAUAAAUGUAACAAUGUUGUUAUUUUUGGGAGGAUUGAUUUGUGGCAAAUAAAGAUGUGGAA